UGAGACAGAGAGGCGCUGACUGACUGACUGACUGACUGACUGACUGACUGACUGACUGGCCGGGGAGCAGCAGCAGCAGACUGCGGUCCAUAUCUACCUAUUUUCGGCUCUGCUCUCCCCUUCCACCUCUCUUUUCUUUCCUUUCUUCCUUUUCUGAAGCCGGCUGAGAAAAAAAAUGUCAGCCAGACCGGGAUUCUACCGGCAGGAGCUGAACAAGACCGUAUGGGAGGUUCCGGAGCGGUACCAGAACCUGACGCCGGUGGGCUCUGGAGCCUACGGCACGGUGUGCUCGGCUUAUGACGUGGUCUCCAGGCAGAAGGUGGCGGUGAAGAAACUCUCCAGGCCCUUCCAGUCUCUGAUCCACAGCCGCCGCUCGUACCGCGAACUCCGGCUUCUCAAGCACAUGAAACACGAGAACGUCAUCGGGCUGCUGGACGUCUUCACGCCGGCGGGGACACUAGAAGACUUCAACGAGCUCUACCUGGUGACCAACUUGAUGGGGGCAGACCUCAACAACAUCGUCAAGUUUCAGAGGCUGUCGGACGAGCAUGUGCAGUUCCUAAUUUACCAGCUGCUCCGCGGCCUUAAGUACAUCCAUUCAGCCGGACUCAUCCACCGGGACCUCAAGCCAAGUAACGUGGCCGUGAACGAAGACUGUGAGCUCAGGAUACUUGACUUUGGAUUGGCCAGGCAGACGGACGAUGAGAUGACAGGGUAUGUGGCGACACGUUGGUACCGAGCACCAGAGAUCAUGCUGAACUGGAUGCACUACAACCAGAACGUUGAUAUUUGGUCUGUGGGCUGCAUCAUGGGAGAACUGCUGAAAGGAAAAGUCUUGUUCCCCGGCACCGACUAUAUCGACCAGCUGAAGAGAAUCAUGGAGGUGGUUGGCACCCCGACACCGGACCUGCUGAAGAAGAUCUGCUCCGAACACGCCCAGAAGUACAUCCAGUCUCUUCCCUUCAUGCCCCAACAAGACAUGGAAAAGAUCUUCAGAGGAGCAAACCCUCUUGCCAUCGACCUGCUGAAGCGCAUGCUGGUUCUGGACUGUGAUGAGCGGAUCUCGGCCAGCGAGGCCCUGGCCCACCCUUACUUCUCGCAGUACCACGACCCAGACGACGAGCCAGAGGCUCCGCCUUACGACCAAACACUGGAGAGCAAGGACCGGACUCUGGAGGAGUGGAAAGAGCUGGUGUUCGAAGAGGUGAGCAGCUUUAAGGCGUCGGGCAGUAAGACGGACAGCCUCCAGGCGGAGCAGUAAGGGCCCCUCUGCUCCACCGUCAACCCAGACCAACAGCCACACACUCACUGGAUGCAAAACAGACCGUGGAGAAAAGCAACAUUAAUUGUGUUUGAUUGUUUUUGACGUGAAAAGGGCAACGGCGGUCUCCAUGGGGACACAAACAUUCCGGGCGCAGGGAUCAUGUUUGGGAUGGUGUUCAAAAGGACAUCUCUGCAGCAGAAAGUCGCUUCUUCCUGUUACAUUUCCGCUGACGGACGGUGAAAUGAGGAACCGUCUGAGUGUCGAAAGGAUUGGUGGGGGGGAGGAACUUUCGGUGGCAGAUCUGUCCUUACAGGCUGAGAGAACGGUAAAGACAAAGGUAUAAAUACAUAAAUACGCACACUAGGAUUUCCAAAGCAACGUCAGGGACAUAUCACCCAUCAGUUCCAUGAACCUAGUGCUUUCAUUUAUGGGAUUCAUCUUUAACCUUCUGGAGUUCCUUCGUUUUGAUUCGCCACCGGCUACGUUUAAAUGACAGAGAAAUUUCAUGAAUCAACCAUUUUUUAAAAGUAUUAUUGCCAUUUUUAACUUCUGUUCUCAUCAUGUAAUAAAAGUUACAAAUGUUUUGGAAUUUUAACUCCUUAAAUGUCUAUUUUAGUGAUUAAAUAUCUCAAUUUUUUAAGAAAAAAAAACACAAAAAGUUGUUUUUUUCCCCCAAUCUGUUUAUGAAAUUGAUCAAUUUGCACAACAAGCAAAAACUAUGAAUUAAUUUCAACAUCAGGGGAAAAAAAAAAUUACACUCAAACUAAACUCAGAUUUUAUUGGUAGCGUGUUCUAAACGUUUGAAUGGUAGUAAAUGACAACACAACUAUUAGAAGGAACACACUUUGUGAUAUUUAAUUUAUUAAAAACUUUAAAGGUAAGAUGAUAAAGAUUUCACCUGGUCAUAUCUAACACAGGCUGCAUUAACAAUCAGGUUUUCCAAAACAAAAUAAUUUAAAAAAACCCCGCAAAAAACAAAUUGAGGGACCCAGAAGGUUAAAGGUCGCCUGCGUUACACUGAAGCAUGAUUUAUUCUCAUUUUACAGUCGUGUCUUAUAACUGCAACUGUAUUGUAAUCUCUCUCUGUUUCUAAUGCACAAUAGCAGAAUUUUCUACUUGUUCAGUCAAACAAACUGCUGCUUCGUCUCUCCUGCUUAUUUACACCUGAACACCAACUGUGCUGUUAUUAGCAAGGUAAUGAAUAUAUGCCAAAGCUGGAAGAGUGUGAUGGCGCUGCAGGUGUGUGUUUACUCUGGAACCUCGCUCUCAUACACAUCCUGCUGGCGGCUGAUUGUUGGUCACCUGUUAGCUUUGGCUGCUCUGCUUCAGGCUCCUUCGUUUGCUGCCCUUAUGUGAGUUUAUACUGACUAAUGUUAAAUUCUGCAAACAGCCUCAGACGGUAUCUAUCCAAUAAAGUACAGGAGUCUCAUAUAAUGUGGAGGUCAAUCAAACAAGGCAACAUUCUGGCUGUUUAUGGCCACCAUAAAGCUCUAUUUGUGCUCCCCAAGUCUAAUGAUGGCGAUUUAAAGAAAAUAGAGUCUAACCAGGGUCAACUUUGUUUAGCUUCAUGUCUGUCUUUCAUCCUUAGCGCAACAUUUUUGCCCGACAUCAUCUGAUGCAAACCCUCAAUUGAAAUGCAUGACGCGUGUAGUCGUGCAUGUGAACAUCGUUACAGAGCGUCGUCCGUGUCUUGCUGCAAACUGGAGUUUUGUUCAGACCAUUUGUUCACUAAAACAAAUGGCUACACUGCAAUACGCAAGGUUUCUAAAGCAGGUGGAAGAUUACAAUAUUUUAGGGUCCUUCUAGAGCAUGCUAGGCAUGGGCCAGUAGGAUAUUCACCCAGUUCUACAUCAUACAAAUACCACAGUGUCUCUCUGUUUAAAAUGUUCAAUAUAUAAACAAUGAUAUUUAAUACGGAUGCAACGAUAUGGAAACGUCCUAUAAUCGUGCAACGCAUCACAUUCACUGUCACAUGACCAAACAGAUCCCACACGACCAACCUCCUGCUUCUGAAACACAAACAAGAUGGAAAUAAAGAUCAGUCGUUAAUAUCAACCCAGUUUUACUGAUCAGACCAAAACCGACAUGUUAAAAAAUGACCAACAUCAGCAUAAAUACAUAUAUACAUAUUAUGGAUCCCUAAAAUUUAGUCACCAGAAAUAAAAAAUGCAUAUCAUUAUCUAGUUGUUAUAAGUCAGCUAUCAAAGUGCAAUCAAAAUACUACACACAAAAUAACAUGGCAUGUUGAUUAUUACAGUAGUAUAAUGUUAACUACAGCAUAUACUUAUUAUUAUAAACAGACUAUUUUCAAAAUGUUGAACAAAUAUGUGGUGAAUAAAUCAGAUGAGUCAGGUGGCCAGCCGGACAUCCUGCUUGUAAAUGUAUGACUUGUUUAAAAUAGUCUUAGAAAGAGUGAUGGCCGGUGCUGCCUUACUGUCCACUCAACCCCAACUAUCCACAACUGGAAGUAUUUCCAAAUUGCCAAAUGUGUUUUUCUUGUGAGUUAGAUCAAAAGUAUUGUAUUUUUAUUUCAGCCAGUAUUUUUAUUCAUAAGCUGACUGAAAUAACGCCACAUCUGAAUAAAACUCUAAUGACUUUAUAAUGACACCAUCUCAUUCAUAUCAUUAUAACGAACUUUAAAUCAGAAUGGGAGAAACUUUUAGCAGCUUGGAAAUGAAAUAUUUGAUACCAAUAACUGACCCAUGCCUAGAAAAAGAUUUAUGUUAAUUAAUUUUUUGUUGUAAAAAGUUAAUUGUAUUUCUGAAUUUAGAUCAAGUUUGCCCAAGAUUUUUAUGGAAGCUAAUGCUAAUGAGUUUGCUUCAAAGACCCUGAACACGUAGCCCAACAGGCUAAAGUGCUAAUAUUUUUCUAGUGUUAGCUUUGUUAGCUCAUUGGGUUAGAAUCUGUUGUAAUGUAACUAGAAGCAUUACCAUUGUAGAUUUUCAGGCAUUUCUGUAAUCUAGGGUAAUCUGUAACUUACCAUUUUGUUUUUUAUUCAAAUGCACAAAAUCAAACAGCUUUUGGCUAAAUUCACUCAAGUUUAAUGUACCAGGUGUCAUUUUACAUAUUGCUAAAUUAGCAGCACAAAGAGCAAAUGUUUACAAGUACAGUCCAAAAAUGUUUUUUUUUAUGUUUUAUUAUUAUUAUUAUUAUUAUUUCUUUUGCUUUCAUGUAGCAUUUUCAGCAAGUUGUCCAUUAACACUGGAUGAAAAAUAUUGAGCCUAUUGUCCUAGUAAAUCGAAACGGUCUCCGUCUGAGCAUACUAAAAGUCUGAAUGUUUAAACAUGAUAUGUUUAUGUUAAUGUAUCUGUGGUGGACUUGAAUAACAGCUGCAUACUGAAUGUUUAUGUUUACUGUAUGUAUGUAUGUUUGUUAAAAGUUAGUGUUGGCUUUUGAAUACACGUUGGCAUGUGA